UAUAAGAUUAAAUAAAUUUUGUAGUAAUAAUACAAUACGGGAAAAGUGAUAGGACUGCCGAAAUAUUUUUGAAUAAAUAUUGAAACAAAUAUCGUCUUUAAAUUGGCGAUACCUUACAAAAGUGAAUUACACUUUGGACGCGUGAAUAGUUAUGCAGAAGAGCAAAAGAAUGCGCGUGUCGGGGGCAGACAAGAGUCGUGGUGUUGUAAAGAAUUUGCCCAGUGGGGGCCAAGAACGAACCACCAAUCGCCAGAAUGGAAACAAAACAAGUGGCCUUCAAAAGGGGGCUCAGCUGUUCGUCCAACGAAAAAAGCGCCGUUCGCUGCGCGCUGAGAAUAAUUCUUCCGAGGGAGAAAAGAUCUAUAGUAAUACGAAAUGUUGUGUUAUCUGUGGAAACAAUAAUGAAGUAGUUGAUUUAUCUUCAAACCCUAUAAUGAAGAGGACAAUGGCCUCCUACUGUCAAGACGACGGUGUGAAUCUCGAUGACUGUUUAUCCUCCCUUUGCAUAGCAUGCGUAUUUAAGUCAAGAGCUGUGGAAGAAGUUCAAAAUAAUAUAAAAGUACGCUUGCAAGGAUUUAGUAAUGGUCUAAUGUUGAAAUCGACUAAAAAACAAAGUUUUAAUAUGGACAGAGAAGAAUAUGCUGAAGGAAAUACAGCGGAAGAAGCCAUUUUUGGAAUAAAUGACAGCAAUGAACACUCUUCUCAAAUGAAACUCAGUGUUAUUAAGCGUUCCAAUGAUAUGAGUAGUGAAUCGAUUCAAACUUCACUUGAACAAGUAAGAAUCAUGGAAUCAUGCGAAAGUAAUUCUCGAUUAUGUUGUACUGCUUCCCUAAUACCUGCUUCAAGUACUCCACUAUCAUUUAACCAUCCGUCCCGACCUCAACGACACCAACCCACUUUAAGUAAAUAUAUUUACAAAAAUAGUGUGCUCGAUAACUCCAUCGAAAAUUCAGAUAAUAAAAGUAGUGUCCAAUUGGCGAACUAUACACUGACUGAGAUUUCACAGCUGUCGGCAAUGCAUAAUGUGGACUCAAUGAAUACGAAAUAUAAUGCUGAGGUGCAAACAGCUUUAUACCAAGAAGGAGUAGAAUUGGUGACAAUAUCGAACCAUCCGUCGUCAUAUACAAAUUCUACACACUCGCAGAACGGUCUAAAUAAUUCAAUGCUACAAGUUAUUCGUGAACGCUCUGAAUCAGUUCUAAUAACAGAAUCCGGUGGAAAAAUUAAUAACUAUAAACGUACUUUGCGCCCAGUAGGCCCGAGGCUCUGCCAAUAUUGUGGUAAUAGCUACAUACGCAAAGACCAUUACAAUAAGCAUAUACGACGCUGUCGAACACUUUCUAUACGAAGUUUAUCUUCCUUAACUGCCACUAUUGAAGAAAAAAAAGAAACUGUUAGUGCCAAACGUUUUCGAAUGAAUGGUGUAAACAAUUGUGCUCCCCCCGCAGCAAUUGAGACAUCCAAGCGGACGCGCAAAUUUCAUUGCACCGAAUGUCUGGCAACGGUGGAUAGCAUCACAGAGUUGAGGGAACAUCGAGCAACUCAUCUGCGCAAAUAUAACUGCGAUAUGUGUGACAAAAAGUUUAACACCUUGCAUGAGCAUGAUUUUCAUCGAAUCGUUUGUUUGGCGGAAAAGCAGGUCUGGCAAGAUCAACAACGCGAUGAAGAUCAGAAAGAGCUGCAUGUAAAUAACAAAAAUAAAUCAAUUGUCAGGUCGGAGCGAUCUGUCACAAAAUCAGUAAUGAAUUGCCGUAUUACACGUGCUCGAAGUCGAGCUCGGACGGAUGUGGUGGAAAAACCGGCAGAAAAGCCCAGAUUAACUGUUGACGAGAAAAGUGAUAUUGAUGCUGGUUACACAAGCAAUAAUGACGACGAUGAUGUGUCCGUUGCAGACUCAAUGGAUUCGAGACGAAGAAUCUACACGGAUGAUUGGUUGGACAGAGGCAAUGUUACUGAAAUGUAUGAUCUGCCAGUGAUGCACAUAGAUAAUGAAAAAGAGUAUGAUCUUUAUUUACUAGAAAGACUAAAAGCGCAAAUAAAAGCACAAGAGUUUACGUGUUUGGCCGAAAACUGUAACUUCUUCACAGACACACUAUUGAACUUAAUGCUUCACGACUAUGUUCACCAUUUCAAAAGCUCGUGGUUUUAUUGUCAGAAAUGUGGUAGCGUAUUUACAAGCAAAGUUUUCUUGGAUUACCACUUGGAUCGUCAAAAUGGAGGCAGAUUCAUUUGUUAUAAAUGUAACGAACAAUUCAUGUUUCAACAUCAACUGGACUUGCAUUUUAUAGCACACACCAAGCAAGUGAAUCACGCUUGUGAUAAAUGCAAGUGUGAAUUUCUCACGGAAGGAAAAUUGUUUCAGCAUAUAAAGCUUGAACACAACAAUGAGAUUGAAAAGAAACUAAUAUGUAUUCAGAGUAAAACAACCUUCGCAUCUUCUCGAUCGAUGGAUGAAAAUAGGUAUAUAAAUGGUAGAGGGCAUAGAAAGUAUUCCGUAAAAACACUGAAUAUGCAUCUACCGCGCAUGCCAUCAAAGAGGCCUUUGGAACUACCGGGACAUAAACCAUAUCGCCGUCGCAUUGGCGUCAUUGAAUUCGAGAAUGAGAGAAACCCUAAUUGUUGUAGUUGUAAAUAGUAUUUACACAAUCAGGGAAGUUGCCCAAUGAAAUAUUUCUUCUGUAGAGUCAAUACAAAUUUGGCAAUCCGUACAACACUCAACAAGAACCAAAUACUUGAUGGUACAAAAAUUCUAUCGUUUUAAAACCAAAAUAUGUAUGAAAGAAUUUUUGUGCGUUGGCAAAUAUGUUUUAUCCGCCAAUCUGCAUCCUUUGGUCGCUUUUUGUUUCAAAACCUAGUUUUGAGAAUUUUUACCGUACUUAACCCAUAAGAAUAGUUGAGCAAUAAGAAUUCUAUGACCUAUCCCGUUUCAAACUAUAGGAAAUUUUAUUUUUUGCACUAAUAUAAAAAAGAUAAGGUAUUAUAAGAUAGCAAAUGUUUGUAUAUAAAUUACAUUGUUGCCUCACUUGUAUAAAUAAAACAAAGUGUAAUAGCCACUGGGCCUUUACAAACGAAUUGGAACAAUUUGUUAGGUAAUUUUGUAUAACAAGCUUUACACAAUACCAAGUACAUUUAUAUAUAUAUAUAUAUAUAUAGGGUGAUCAAUCAUGAAGUGCUUUUUUCAAUAGUUAAAAAAAAACAAAAAUGUAAAUUAUCUUCAAAACCUUUAUUUAUCAUUUGAAAGGACAUUCUUUGACAUUUACUUUUUGAAUAUGACUUCAUUAAAAUGUUGGCCGCAACUACGCUUAAGGUGGUCCAUUCUGAAGGUCCAAUUUUCAAUCACUCGUUCGAGCAUUUCGACUGGUAUGUCGUGAAUAACACGCGUAAUGUUGGCUUCCAGAGCUUCAAUCUUAGCUAGUUUAUCAGCAUAGACCUUGGACUUCACGAAUCCCCAAAGAAAAAAGUCCAAAGGUGUGAUAUCACAAGAUCUUGGUGGCCAACUCACAGGUCCUAAACGUGAAAUCAUCUGCUCUCCGAAAUGACUUCUCAAUAAAGUCAUUGUUUCACGAGCUGUAUGGCAAGUGGCUUGUCACAGAACGCUGAUUUUCAUAAUACAGUUGAACAGUUUGUAGACGUUGUUGCGGUGUGAGUCUUUCCAUGAUGAAAUGCCAAACGCUGUUCAACAAAUCCACGAUGACAGUUUGCCACAACUUGCGCGCGAUCUGUAAAAAAAACGCAAAUGAAAAAAACUCCUCUUAAUUGAUCACCCUAUAUAUAAUUUUUUAUUAUGCUUUUUAUAUCGUACACACUUUGUAUAUAUCGCGUUCAAACCCCCAUAAUGAGCAAUCCAAUCCUUGUGGCUACGCAAUUAAAAAAAGUCUGAACUACUAAACCUUAACUCGAAGAAUAAGGAGAAAUUUCAAUAAAGAUGUAUUGUACAUCUGUUAUAUACGCAAGUGAAUAGUUUUAGAAAAAACUUAUACAAUGCGUCAUUAAAAUAUAUAAUUAGAAAAAUUCGAGAAUUGCGAAUGUCUUUAUUUAAAAAUUGUUUUUGCCCUUUUUUUGUUGAAUAAUGUUAUUAGUGUAUCUUAAGAGAUUAUAUACUUACAUGUAGUAUAACUGAAAAUUUAUUAAUGAAAAUAUGUUCCGCACACCCAUAUAUAAAUGCACACCUAGCAUAUGCGUAAUCUAGUUGUAAAAAGGAUGUGUAAUAUUUCAGGUGUAAACCAGUGUCAUUAGUUAAAAAUACCGUACGCUUUCUAGUAACUUAAGCCACUAUGUAUGUAUAUUGAAUUGUUUAUACUAAAAAAAUGUGAAAAAAUAAAUAUGUGUAUUGAAAUACA